AUGAAGACGCCGCCAAAGAAGAAGAUGACGCUCGGGGGUAAAAAGGCAAAAAUGGAACGCCAAUCUUGGUCAAAAUACCAAGAAGAGGCGUUGGCGAAGGCGUGGGUACAUUGCACUACCGACAAAAAGAAGGGCAAUCAACAAACAUGCGAUGGUUUUUGGCGUAGCAUUUUAGAUCAUUAUAACGUCACCGUUGGUGGAAGUAACCGGACCGUGCAUCAAGUACGGUCUAACUGGAUACCGAUGAUGACGAAAAUAAACCAUUUCAACAGCCUAUACCAACAAGCGGAUCGCACACGAGAUAGCGGGUGUGACGAUCUCGACGUGAUGAAAAUUGCUUUAAAGGAUUUUCAAAAUAAAUAUCCGAGCGGUUUUCAACAUGUCGAGGCAUGGGAGGUCGUUCGAAAACACGACAAAUGGGCCCAAGUCCCAUUGUUGAGUGAGGAAGGGGAAGGUUCGGCACAAAAAAGAAAGUCCGUUAACAAGGACCCUUCCAUACCCGAUAUGAAGAAGACCCCUCGCCACAAAGAACACAACGGCGAGACAAGCGUCAAGCGACAUCGUCCGAGGGCUCGGCUGAGUUGGCGGCACAAUUCAAAGAAUACACCGCCAUGA